AUGAUUUUUACUUUUUUGGUGGGAAUUAUCCUUGAAAUUUUCUUAAACUUGAAAGUUUCAGCACAAUUAUUUCCAGGAUAUGAGCCUGAUGGAACGUGUACGAUGGGGAGAUGCCUCCAAACAAGUCAAAUAUGUGAUAGAAAUACAAACAAUUGCUUCAAAAUUUCAAGUAGACAAGCAGUAAGAAGAUACAUUAGAAAUGCAAGAUCUGGCGUUUGUGAAAAUACACUUUGCCCACCGGGAAGUAUCAAAGACAAGGAUGGCUGUUCUAUCAAAGGUGUCUGCAUAACUUUGAGUCAAACUUGUAUUCAAGGAGAGUGUUGCGAAAAGUCUUAUUUGCCAAAUGCGAUGCAAGCAAUGCAAGAAACGUGCAAUCCAAAUAUGCCCUCCAAUCCGAAUAUGCCUAAUCAGAAUAUGCCAUAUAAUCCUCAGAUGACAGGUGGCAUGCCUUAUGGACAAGGAAUGAUGCCAGGAUAUGGACAGGGGAUGCCAGGAAUGAUGCCAGGAAUGAUGCCAGGGAACAUGCCGUACAAUCAAAUGGGUUAUGGACAAGGAAUGAUGCCAGGAAUGGCAGGAAACAUGCCGUACAAUCAAAUGGGUUAUGGACAAGGAAUGAUGCCAGGAAUGUCAGGGAACAUGCUGUACAAUCAAAUGGGCUAUGGACAGGGAAUGAUGUCGGGAUAUGGUCAGGGGAUGAUGCCGGGAUAUGGCCAGGGGAUGAUGCCGUACAAUCAAAUGGGAAUGAUGUCGGGAUAUGGACAAGGAAUGAUGCCAGGAUAUGGACAGGGGAUGAUCUCGGAUUAUGGACAAGGAAUGAUGUCAGGGAACAUGCCAUAUAAUCAAAUGGGAUAUGGGCAAGGGAUUAUUGGUGGCAACCUCAACGGAUUAGGACUUGGUGGAAUAAGCAGCUUAAAUGGAAUUGGUGGCAUGAGUGGAAUUGGUCUUGGAGUUGGUGGAGCCGGUGGAAUUGGAGGAGUAGGAGGAUAUGGAGGUAUCGGUGGUAUUGGUGGAUAUGGAGGCUAUGGUUCUUCGGAUUAUUAUCCGCAAUGUGUGCUAUUUUCCCAAUAUUGUGCACUUUCCGCAAUUGCUGAUGCUUGUCCUGGAAGUUGUGGACGCUUUGGUUUCUCUAGGCGUUGAAGAAAUCUUUCUUGAUUAUUUAUAAACUAUAUGUAUAUUUCUUAACCUCCUAUCUGAAUCUCAAAAUUGUACAUAAAUUUAUUCUUGUAAUAAAAAUAUCUUUUCAUAAGAAGCCGCCUGAACCCCUACCAUGUU